AUGUCUACUCCCUCUAACUCAGGCCUCCGCCGCCUCAUCGAAUACGAUAAGCGCGCUUCUCCUCGACCGUCGCUAUCGAACGCGCCUACUAUUAGCGAUACUGCGUGCGAGGCUCAGGCCGAUGAGCCCGUUGUAGUACAGGCGGACACACCCAACGACGACGACGACAACUACGUCGGGCUUGAUUUUAAGCGCGUGCCAUACCUAGAGCGGCGCCAAGUUGAGCGCUGUGGUCGUGGCGGGCCAAAAAGCUGGAUCUACCGCCACGGCUGGGGCGUCUGGCACCGCAAGCACAAGAAGAACUACUAG